ACUCCACAACAACCUAGCUCCUUAGUAUUCCAUCUUCUUGAACAAUUAAAGCUUAAAUUAAGGCUAAUAUAUUAAUUAUCUAUGGCUGAUCAUCAGGCAGCUAAUGGGAAUACUCAUGGUGUAACUUUGAAUAUUAAAGAAGAUGAUUUGAAUAAUCACCAGGAUUCUUCUUCAACCUGCACCUUUCUUACUGUUCCUUUUAUUCAAAAGGUAAUAGCAGAAAUGGUAGGAACAUAUUUCUUGAUAUUUGCUGGCUGUGGGUCAGUGGUUGUGAAUGCAGAUAAAGGAAUAAUAACAUUUCCAGGAAUAGCCAUAACUUGGGGGCUAGUUGUGAUGGUCAUGGUUUACUCAGUUGGCCAUAUUUCUGGUGCUCAUUUUAAUCCUUCUGUAACUAUUGCCUUUGCCACUUGCAAAAGGUUCCCUUGGAAACAGGUACCAGCUUAUGUUGCAGCUCAAGUUCUUGGAGCAACACUAGCAAGUGGAACUUUACGUCUAAUAUUUACCGGAAAACACGAUCACUUUGCCGGAACCCUACCUUCCGGCUCCGAUUUUCAAUCUUUUGUCAUCGAAUUUAUAAUUACUUUUUAUCUCAUGUUUGUCAUCUCCGGCGUUGCAACUGACAAUCGAGCUAUUGGAGAACUUGCUGGUCUUGCAGUGGGGGCAACAAUUUUGCUUAAUGUGAUGUUUAGCGGGCCCAUAUCAGGUGCAUCAAUGAAUCCAGCAAGGAGUUUAGGCCCAGCAAUAGUGUCAAGCCAUUACAGAGGCCUAUGGAUUUAUUUGGUCAGCCCAACACUUGGAGCCAUAGCUGGUGCUUGGGUUUACAACAUUAUCAGAUUUACUGACAAGCCUUUACGUGAGAUAACCAAAAGUGGAUCUUUUCUCAAGUCUAAAAAUUCUGGCACUUAAAAAGUACACACUUGCAGAACUAGUAAUAAUGGAAGGAGAGAGUGUUACUUCUGUAUACAUAAAGGAAAAAUACUAUGUAAUUUGUAUAAUAAAUGAAGUGAAUGUAUGGUUUUAGAAAAUUAUCUUGUGUCAAAAGAACAAACCUUGUACGUAUUUUAUCUGUCCCAUUUUACGUGAAGAUACGAA